AUGGCAGUUCCACAAUUCGCACUUCCUGGCGACUCGCUCGCAGCCACAUCGACACACACUCCUAGCACAGGCUCCCACGUCUUUGCCUCUACAAUCCACGCCAGUCUGGCAGGCCCCGUUGCCAGCGCCGCACCCUCCAAGAAAACACCUUCGCCUGCUGUCAGCGUAUCCUCAUCCACCUCGGCAUCGACCUCAUACACGGCUGCUCUGCCCUCAGUCAACGACAUCAUCCUCGGCCGCAUCACACGCACAAAUCCCCGCCAAGCCACACUCGACAUCCUCGCCCUAGGCCCUACUGGUACCCUCGUGCUUCGCGAACCCUUUCCCGCCAUAAUCCGCCAACAAGACAUUCGAGCCACCGAAAUCGACAAAGUCAAAGUAAACGAGAGUUUCCGCGUUGGCGAUAUUGUGAGGGGAGUUGUCAUCAGUCUUGGAGAUGAAAGAAGUUACUUUGCAAGUACGGCGAAGAAUGAGUUUGGUGUUGUUUUAGCGGUUAGUGAGGGUGGAGAGCAGAUGGUGCCGGUUAGUUGGAAGGAGAUGAGAGAGGUGCAUGGUGGAAAGACGGAGUUGAGGAAGGUUGCUAAGCCUGUUUGA